UCUGAAAGCACUCUGCUCUCUCUCGGAUUUACUCUCCGAUCACACUCUCUAAAGCUCCACUGAAAACUGCGGAAUAUCUUCAUCAUGACUCUUGAGGAGGUUCUGAUCCAGAAAACCACCACCGAGUGCGCCUCGUGCACCGGAACGGCCCUGGAGGAGGUUCUGGAGGCCGCCAAGGACAACGACUCCCUCACCGUGGGGGUCUACGAGUGCGCAAAAGUUAUGAAUCUUGAUCCGGACAGCGUGUCUUUCUGCGUCCUGGCCAUGGACGAGGAGUUCGAGUGUGACAUCGCCCUGCAGAUCCACUUCACCCUCAUCCAGUCCUUCUGCUUCGACAACGACAUCAGCAUCGUCAGAGUGAGCGACAUGCAGCGUCUGGUGGAGAUAGUUGGAGACAAGGCGGAGCAGCUGGAAGACGCUCACUGCGUCCUCAUCACGAACCCAGCUGAAGGUUCUUGGGAGGAUCCAGCUCUGGAGAAGCUGCACCUGUUCUGUGAGGAGAGCCGCCGUCUGAACGACUGGGUUCCUGAGAUCAGCCUCCCCGAGCGCUGAUCUGCUCUCAGGGCUCCUCUCUUUGCUGGAAGAUGCUGCAAAAAGCUUCUCAUCUGGAAAUACUUCAUCCUAAAGCAGGAUGACCCUGUUUCUGCUCAUCCCUGGACACUCCUGAGGAGGAUUCCCGUCCAGGCAGCACGGCGCCGGGCCCCCAGGAGGCCCCCCGUGGACCGUCGCCUCCUGUCCCGUCCAUGCCAAGAUGACUCUCAUUCUUUGUGUGAAUGAGGUCGGGCAUGCCACAGGAGCGACGCAUCGACCCUCAUUCUUUGUGCGGAUGAGGUUUGGAGAGGAAGGAGAAGCGAGUUCUGCGUCCUGUGGUUCUCCACAGAGCAAAUGUCGCACGUGGAAAAAAGCACGCGCAGUAGGAGAAGAAGCGGUGCUGAGGAAGAGGCCUUGUUAAAAAGGGACUUUUUAAAGGUGUCCUCUUCACGCUGAGCAACACAACAACAAGCUGCACAUCAGCGCAAAUGUUUCCCACUUUCCAGAAUUGUCUUAAUUCUCUAAAGGUUUCACUUUAGAAAUUUAACGAUGACAAAAUAAAUAUACUCUGAAACUUAAAAAAAAAAAAAGAAAAACAAGUCUGAUCUCUAAAGGUUUCACUUUGGUAGAAAAAGGCUGAAUUAACUUAAUGUUUAUUAAUAAAAACAUAAUAAGAAUUUGUUAGAUUAAUCUACAUUUUAUUGUGUUUGAAGAUUUGACUCGAAGGUUUUGUUGGAAACUAAUUUAUGUCUGAAACAAAAUGGAGAAAAAAAAGUUCAAUAAAAUGAAAACAAAUGA